GUACCCGGAGAUCACAUGCAUGAGACCUAGAGACAACGUACCGAGGAUAACCCCAAAUUCCUGUAGCUCCUGAGAUCACAAGGAGAGUAGGAUCAGCGUGGAGGCUUGGGGAGAGAUUCUGUGGCCUGUAUGCGGUGUGCUGCCUAAGAGAAACAGGAGACCAUGACAGCCACGCUAACACUUGAAACCAUGGCCAGUGGAGAGGAAUAUGAGCCGAGGAACUGUGUGGUGUGUGGAGACAGAGCCACGGGUUAUCAUUUCCAUGCCCUGACUUGUGAGGGCUGCAAAGGCUUCUUCAGACGAACAGUCAGCAAAAACACUGGUCCCAUCUGUCCAUUUUCUGGAAGCUGUGAGGUCAGCAAAGCCCAGAGACGCCACUGUCCAGCCUGCAGGUUGCAGAAGUGUCUAAACGCUGGCAUGAGGAAAGACAUGAUCCUGUCAGCAGAAGCCCUGGCAUUGCGGCGAGCCAGGCAGGCACAGCGGCGGGCACAGAAAGCAUCCCUGCAGCUGAGUCAGGAGCAGAAAGAGCUGGUCCAGACCCUCCUGGGGGCCCACACUCGCCAUGUGGUCCCCAUGUUUGGCCAGUUAGUGAAGUUCAGGCCUCCAGCCCACCUGUUCGUCCAUCACCGGCCCUUCCCCACUCUGGUCCCCGUGAUGCCACUGCUCACACACUUUGCAGAUAUCAAUACUUUCAUGGUGCAGCAGAUUAUCAAAUUUACCAAGGAACUGCCCCUUUUUCGGGCCCUACCCAUGGAGGACCAGAUCUCCUUGCUCAAGGGAGCGGCUGUGGAAAUACUGCACAUCUCACUCAACCUUACUUUCUGUCUUCAAACGCAGAAUUUCCUCUGUGGGCCUCUAUGCUACAGAAUGGAAGAUGCGGCCCAUGUAGGGUUCCAGUGGGAAUUUUUGGAUUUGAUCAUCCGCUUCCAUGGAACAUUGAAACGACUAAAACUCCAGGAGCCCGAGUAUGUGCUCAUGGCUGCCAUGGCCCUCUUCUCUCCUGACAGGCCUGGAGUCACCCAGAGAGAAGAGAUUGAUCAGCUGCAAGAAGAGAUGGCACUGAUUUUGAACAACUACAUCAUGGAACAGCAGAGGCCCCAAAGUCGGUUUCUGUAUGCAAAGCUGAUGGGCCUGCUGGCUGAGCUCCGGAGCAUAAACAAUGCAUACUCGUAUGAAAUACAGCGAUUCCAGGGACUGACUGCUAUGAUGCCGCUGCUUGGGGAAAUCUUCAGCUGAGGCCCAGGCUGGCCUCCUUCCCCAGACCCCCUGGGACACACUGGACUGGCAAGGGGAAAUUGCUGGUGCCCAAAAGGGGACCAGCUAAAAGGAGCUCAGUGGCAGCAAUGAAACACUGAACAGUA